AUGCCUUUCUGUAACAGGGGGCGCACCACCAAGCGAGGGCUAGUGAUAAUACGGUGCACGGGAUGCAGGAAGAAGAACUUCAUUAACAGCAUAGCGGUACAGAAUGGGUGUGAGUUUAUCGGAGAUCCCGCUCUUCUACCACAUGUGUGCGUGCCCUUGAAAAACGCGAAGGACAAAGUGACACGAAUGGUUCGUGCCAAGCCAUUGCGACAGAACCACAACUUGCCGAGACGAAGCCCAACCAACUGUGGCAGAAGCAUAGCUCAAUUCAUCGAUGAUAAUGCUCCCGAUGAGAAGGAUAUAAGUCUAGACGAACAACGAUUGCAAGGGCAGCAGCAAAGCUCCAUCGAGCCAAGAUGGCGAAGGGAACGGGCAAAGAAAAAGAUAAAGCAUGAAAAGAUGGAAUUCGAAGGAUAA